AUGGCUGCCCGGUCACCGUUCUCCGAUGAGAUUGAACGGGCCUCAAUACCGAGCAGAUUCACGCGACCGCCAUUCAAUUCCUACGAGGGGAAGACGGACCCCGUGGAGCAUUUAGUAAAGGCAGGGUACCUGAAAGAGUUUGUGGUAGACUCCACUGACCGAGAAACCGGCCAGGACGUCCAACAGAAAAGGAACCCCCUCCCGCCUCCACUGGGGGUAAUCGAAGUCAUCCAUACUGCACCAAGAGGAACGACAGCAGCAAAAAGGGUAUUAACAGUUGCUUACACGGGAGGAGAUUCAGCCGGGAAGAAGAAGAAGGUUGAACGGCUGACCAUCUCAUUCGGAGAAGACGAUUUGGAAGGAACGGUCCAACCUCAUGACGAUGCUUUGGUGGUGACGGCCAGGAUAGGCGGGUUCCUGGUGAAGAGGGUAAUGAUCGACCAAGGGAGCGGGGCUGACGUCAUGUACCCGGACCUUUUCGAAGGGCUCGGAUUGAAGACCCAGGAUUUGGCGAAGUAUGACACGCCGCUGGUCUCAUUUGACGGGAGAGUCGUAAUUCCCGAGGGACAAAUCUCUCUCCCGGUGGACAUGGAGGGCAAGGGAGUUAUAGCUACCUUCAUAGUAGUUCGAUCAUUCUCACCGUAUACCGCAAUCCUGGGGAGGCCGUGGAUUCACGCCAUGAAGGCUGUUCCGUCUACCCUCCACGUGAAAGUUAAAUUUCCCACUGAGUUUGGAGUUGCCGAGGUGAGGGGGAACCAACAAGUGGCGAGGCAGUGUCUUGUCGCCGUGGUCAGAUGGAAAAAUGAGCAGCUCGGACAAGCUGAGAAAGAAACUUCAUAG